AUGCCCUCAGCCAUCACAGCGCCGUCGCCUGGGCUGCAGGCCUUAAUUCUCUGCGGCCCUGGCUCAUCCUUUCCAACCUUUACAUCAAACCCAGAUGAGAACCCCAAGGCGCUAUUACCUAUAGCGAACCGCCCUAUGGUCUGGUAUCCAAUUGACUUCUGCUACCGCAUGGGCAUAACUGAUAUCACACUGAUCUGCCCUCCAAGCGCGUCACAAGCUAUCACAAGGGCGCUAAACACCAACCCCUUCUUAACCGCCCUGCCCCUACCUCGCCCAGGUGUCUUGGCGCCCGACGGCCUGGACCAGAACACUGGCACUGCCGCGAUUCUUCGUCUCCCGGAGAUUCGACAGCUUGUACAGUCGGAUUUCUUGGUCUUGCCGUGUGAUCUAGUCUGCGAGCUUCCGGGAGAAAAGUUCCUGCAUGCCUGGAUGACUACUGCUGCGAGUCUCUCUUAUGUGUUGGGCGAUAAGAGGCUCGCCGAAGACGACGGCUCGCCUCUGUACAACGGUGGUCUCGGCGUUUGGUACGAUACCAAGACGGCCAAUCCAAUCAAGGGCGAAGAGACGGAUUUUAUUGCGACGACUCCGCUUCCCCCCGUAACUGCGAUAACUCAGAAGGGCUCCCUCUUGCCCCACGUAUCUAAGCUGGUAUACUCGAUGCCUACCUCGUCCCUAUCCGACCUUGUCGAGGAGCGCUCGGGGCUACCUGUUAGGCACGGUCUCAUCAGGAACCACCCGCGCGUUCGAAUGCUCACCACCCUCCGAGACGCUCACAUCUACAUCUUCCCGCGCUGGGUCAUCGACUUCGCAUACAAGAAUGACAGGCUCGACAGCAUCGGAGAGGACAUCACCGGCUGGUGGGCUAAGGCAGGCUGGGAGAAGGGCCUCGCCGAAAAGCUCCACCUUGGAGAAGUUUUUGCCGAAAUUGAAAAUGGCGCCGGAUCUAGGAGAUUUUCUGCCGAGGAUAGCCUCUCCGGCAACGGCACCCCUGUAGGAUCCCCGAAGGACACCAGCAGCAUCGAAACCGCGUCGAUCCCUCCCAUCCUCGCCUAUCUCCACCCCAACGAACCCGAUGCAGCCGUCAUCCGUCGAGUAGAUACCGCGCGAUUACUCCUCAGCGUUUCGCUCCAGCUGGCGAAAGUGCCCUCAAUCGAGGAAGUCGGCGCCGAGGCUGCCUCACCUUUCGCCCAUCCGAAGAAGGUGGCUUACCCUGAGGGAGUCAAGUCAAGGACGACUAUUACCAAGGCCGACUCGCUCAUCGCAGACCAUGUCACGGUGGAAGAGAAGACUUCGAUCAAGGAGAGCGUCAUUGGAGCCCAUUGUCAGAUUAAGGAAGGUGCCAAGAUGCUACAAUGCGUUCUUAUGGAUGGCGUAACGAUUGGCAAGUCGUGCAAGCUUACGAGGUGUAUUAUUGGUAAGAGAGCCGUUAUUGGCGACAACUGUGUUCUCACAGACUGUGAGAUUCAAGAGAAUUUGUUGGUCGAGGCAGGAACUGAGGGCAAGGAUGAGAAGCUUAUGAGCUCCGAGGGCCUCGAGGCGACGGAGGAGGAGAUGAGAGAGGUCCUUGAAGAUGCCGGUGAUGAUUUCAUGGCUGAUGAGGCCAUCAUAACUUAG